UGGGCGUGGCCGCUGUGCUCACCUGAGCUGUUUUCCGCUUCACACACCGAGACGUUCGAGGCUACUCACGGAUGUGAACGUGGUGUCCGUUCAGAGAUUUAGACAGGACAAAAUUCACAGAUAAGCGACCGUUUCCUCUCAUGAACGACUACAUGGAAAUCUCAACGGAUGGAUUAAGUGUUUUGCUGCGUGUGGAAUAAACGCCUCACUUCUGUACAACGUCUGAGGAAGUAGAGACAAUGCAGGUCAUUCGUCUUACACCGGAUUACUGUCAAAAUGGGACAGUAAUCAGAUUGCUUUGCCCAAUGUCCAGCGCUAUGUGCGCGAUUGACUCAGGAAAAGCCAUCAACUGGACUUUCAACCCUGAAAACAACUCCACUGUAGCUGGGCCAGCCCUUGCUACAGACAAAUGGAGCAAGUCCAAUUUCUGGAUUGGCCUGACCUUAGCCGUGCUCUCAGCUUUUCUGAUUGGAGGAAGUGUGAUCCUGAAAAAGAAGGCACUGCUUCGUUUGGCUACAAAUGGUCAUACCAGGGCAGGAGAAGGAGGCCAUGGGUACCUGAAAGACUGGCUGUGGUGGGGUGGACUUUUGACCAUGGGAGGAGGGGAGGGAGCAAACUUCGCAGCAUACAUGUUUGCUCCAGCCACUGUGGUCACCCCUCUGGGAGCCCUUAGUGUCCUUUUCAGUGCAGUGCUGUCCUCCCACCUCUUUGGGGAGACAAUGAACCUGCUGGGGAAGCUUGGCUGCAUGCUCAGUCUUCUGGGAAGCACCAUAAUGGUCAUACAUGCACCAGAGGAGGAAGCAGUGACAACUUUGAGAGAAAUGGCGGAUAAAUUGCUUGACCCAGGUUUCCUUGUGUUCGCCAGCAUCCUUCUUGCGGCGUGUUUGGUUCUUAUCUUCUACUUCUCUCCUCGUGUUGGUCAAACCAACAUAUUAGUCUACAUAAGUAUCUGCUCAUUGCUUGGAGCUUUCACUGUGUCUUCGGUGAAGGGCCUGGGCAUCGCCAUCCGCACUGCCUUCUCCGAUCCUUCCGUCUUCCGCCACCCCCUCACCUGGAUCCUUCUGCUGGCCUUAGUGUCCUCCAUUGUCAUCCAAAUCAACUACCUGAACAAGUCGCUGGACACCUUCAACACGCUGCUGGUGUAUCCUAUCUACUAUGUCUUCUUCACCACUGUGGUCCUGACUACUUCCAUCAUUCUGUUCAAAGAGUGGGGAUCUAUGUCAGGGGUGGAUGUUGUGGGCACUAUCGGGGGCUUCCUGGUCAUUGUGCUGGGGGUAAGCAUGCUACAUCUUUUCAAGGACCUUCAUGUGUCUCUGGAGGACCUGAGGAAUAACCUGUGCCAGCCUCAGGGGCAGCACAGCCUAGCCAAGCGGGAGGACAAGCAUAUCCUCAUCGAAAAUGUAGACAGCCUUCCACCAAUGAGGGAGGAAGGCCCAAGAGUCUUCAUUAUCAGCUGAGCGGCACAUCAUGUACACUGUACAUGUACAUCAAGAGUAGGGCAGAGUGGACUAUUUAAAUACUUCAUGUUGUGGUUUUGUUAGGGGUGUAAAGGCUGUUCAUGACGAGGCUUUUACUGCUUCUGAGGAUCAGCUGUGAUUAAACAAAGCUCCUGAGCUUAAUAUUUGCAUUUUAUAAUGCAAUCCUUUUUAUUUGAUCAAAAUUCUGCAAACAUUCUUCAUGUCUUAAAUUUACAUGAUUUAAAAUCAUGUAUUUCUAAGCCUUAAUUUAGGUGUUUUUUACUAUUUUUGUCUGGAUUGCUUAACCAUGGUUGUUCACAAUAACUUUUCAUAACAGUUUGUGAAAUCCCCAUAACAGUGCACAGUUUAAAAAAAAAAUUGCACAUUUCCUUUUGAUUUUACUCAAAACUUUUUUUUGUAGGUGCGGGCAAUAAUAUCAAGAUAUUUCAAGACAGUGAAUGUGUUUACAUGCACUUAAUCCGAUAACUGCAGAAAAUCACAGUUUGUCAGUAAUUUGUUCAGUGUGUUUACGUGCAGUUGAGUAAUCGAAUAAUGGGAAACUCCGGGUCUACAUGAGUCAGGUAGUAGUCAGGUUUCUGCUUUACAACCAGCCAAUAAACUUGCAGAGGAAGACGUGACAUAAAUGUAAUACAAACUCAAACAUCAUGCUGCAGCUUUUUUUUAACAUUGUGUCACUUCAGUGGAAAAUAUGAACAUACAUCAUCCAUAGAUGAAGAAUAUUUAAAUCCUUCAUUUCGUCUAGCAUGUUGCGGUUUAUUUUCGGCACAUGCGUAGACUGAGGACAAACGAAAGAAAUCAGUGUAAAAGUACACAUCCGCUGAGAAUCUUGAUUACUGAGAUAAAAUCCAGCUCUUUAUCGGAUUUCUUAAUCGAAUUUCUAAGUCUUAAUCCAGUCUAAGAAAUCGCAGUAUGCUGUUUACAUGACCACUUGAAAAAUCAGAUCACUGCUGAAAUCCAUAAUGAUCGUAUUAUUAAGUGCAUGUAAUGGCGCUCAUUGUCUCGAUACAUUAUAUGCAUCACAGUAUUUUGUUUUUUUUUAGAUUUGUUAAGUUGGAACAGACAAAAAAGGAACCAAUAGUGCCACAUUUUUAAAAACUCAAGACUAAGUAUGCUCCCUUUAAUGAAACAUGCCUGUUGGUCAGUGUUCUGUGCUGUCGACCAAUAUUCUCGGGGUGGGCGAUAUUGAAAAAAUAAUAUAUCACAGUACUUAAAGAAAUUAUCAUGAAAUCUAUCAAUAUUUUGACACACAAAGUGUGCUAGUAGUGUCACAUUUAAAAACUGCUAUCAUAAACUAUGAGUACAAUAAUUAUCAUUCAACAUUUCACAUACUGUACUACACUUCUGCUCUCUUUGCCAUAUAGUUUGUCAGUUUUCUGUAAGCACUUAAAGGUAACUGACAAACUACAUGGCAAAGAGAGCAAAAUUAGUCCUGUUUGAUUUAGUGUUAGUAUUAACAUAAGUACUAAACAUGAUAUGCUCAGAAAUGCAUAUUGUGUAUAACAAUAAACUCAAGAUAAUGAUUAUAUUGCCCAUCCCUAUUGUAGCAAUGUGAUCAAAUUUAUCAUGUAAACCAUAACUAUAGUCAUGUUGGCCACCCCUAUUUUCAUUUAUAUCCUUUUUAAUUUAUAGGUCAACACUGAAAGCCAACAUUUUCAGAUGCUCAUUUAAAAUGUUAAUGUUAUUUAAUUGAGACUAAAUAUAGAAAACUGGAACAUGCUUAUAUUGACUUAUAUGAAAAGAAUGCAUUGGUCAGUUUUUAGCAGUGUUCCAGUUGGCUUUACUCUAUGCUUUUGAAACGUGUACAGAGAGUUUGAAGUGGUUGAUGGAAUUUUGAAUGUUGUAAAGGAUGUGUACUGUAAAGUUGUUGAAGACAUGAGGCAACAGCUGCUGAAAUUGCUGAUGCUGAGGAGUGUCCAUGAUGCAAGAAAAUGUCAGUACAUCAUAAAUACAAACACAUUGGUUUAAUAAACAGUAAUCCAUGGCAGUCGUUUUUCCCCACAAUAUUUGUAUCAUGUUUGUGCAGCAGAUUGACACUGCAACCUGAUUAACCAGUUAUACUUCAGAACAACUGAGGCUAAUUACUGCAGAGAGGAAUUGGUGCCAAAUUGACAAGCAAUCACUAGACUGAAAAAACUUGAAAUGCAAUGCAUGCAUGAUACUACUUUUCCGUAGUGUCAUGCAGAACACAUGCCAAAAUAAACAGCAAAAUCUGUAUUACGUUGUUUUCACUUCAUCCGACCUCUGUACUGAAAAAUAACACAUGAGGAAAUGUUGGAUUCAUGUCAGAAUGGAAUACGAUCCAUUUUGAAAUGUAAUGAAGGCACAGCUUUUACUUUCCACUGUGCAGUGCUUCAGUGUUAAAUCAAUGUAACAAACCUUACUUUACACUUUGGCACACGUUUCUACAUGUUACUGUUUAAACACAAUCUCAUGUGUGCAUUGCAUUUCACUGUUUUGGUUGCAUUUCAGUGAGGCAGGCAAAUACAUUUGAAUAUAUCCAAAAUAUGUAUUUCAGUGUUUUCACUGUUAUGAUUGUAUUUCAGUGAGGCCACUCCAUUUAGAGUACUGCACAGUGGAAAGCGAUAUAGCCGUGAUUUUAUAUUUCAAGGGGAUUGUAUUCAACUUUUGACACAAAUGCAUUUCAUUUUCAUACAUGGAAAUCUUUGUGUACUGUUUUUCAGUAAAGAGGUCAAGCAAAGUACAAAUGAUGCAUUAGAGGUUUUGUUUUUCAAGUUGAUAGCUAGUCUGCAUGUCAAUAUAGAGGGGUAC